UGAAGUAGGAGAGGUGGGGUGUUGUGGAGGUAGCAGAGUGGAACAGGUGGUCAUGAUCAGAUGAUGGCAGGAUUGCGGAGGACAGGAGCAGUGGAGAGUGGUUUCAAAAGUAAAAAUGUAGAGAAGAGAGGGAAAUCAUAAGGGGGUAUCUUGUUUUGACUGGGUUAAUUAAAAGAAUUUAAAAAAGGAAAUAGUAAAGAAGUCCAGAAGAGGGCAGUAUAUGCAACAAUAAGGAUGCUGACUGCCGUAAAACAUCAGGGAAGAAGAAGAACUUGACGAGUGCCGUAGGGGAUGUCUAUGGAUGUAAUCGCCGCGUAACGGCAGCGCCGCGGGCACCGGAGCUGAUCGCUGCCGGUCUUUAUAUAAAAUUGAUCGCGUUUAUCACGUCCAGGAUUCUCGCGUGGUCCCGUGAUCUCGCGUGAAUACGGUCGGCUCGCUACGCUGCCAACAAGCGCCCGGUGUGAGUUGACGCCGGCAGAGGUCGCAGCUAAACCGCAGCGCAGCCGGUUCGCGCCGACAAAGACGAAGACCGCACAGACGGACAUUUCACCGGACCUGGACUCUUCCUGCCCAGAAAAGGUUAGGGCCGCGACAGACGCGCGCCUACCUGUCCUCGGGCGUCUCCGGUUAGCACGCGGCUAACCGAGAGUGUCAACAACCCCGCGCAUGGAGUCUGCCAGCUGUUUGUGAGACCCCUGCACAAAGAGCUCACAGGACCGGCGGACCCAAACGGCAAAUCAAUGCAACUCUUUUAUUUAUAGACCGAAAAGCAACGAUGCCACGGAAGAAUAAGAGGUCCCAAGCUGGAGUGCUGCGCUGGCAAAAGUUCCGUGAGCUUCACUGUGAGAAUGGAGAAGUAAAGCUGUCUGUGCCUUGUAAUGCAACUGUAAAAAAGCAUGAGGAGCGUCUGUCCAGAGUGUUUGACGAGGUGAUGGGGCUUGGUGACUUUGCUGACUCCUCCCGGGGAUCUGCCAGCUCUUCCAGGAGCGGAGGUCAGGGCGAGGGGGUAAAGGGUGAAGACGAAAUUUUAGGACAAGAGGAACAGCAACCGGUAGAAGAGGAGGACAGUAACGGCAGCGGACAAGAAGAAAAGAUGGACGAGGGGACGGGAGAACCGUCCUUCCCUCGCGUUCCCACUCCUUCCUCUGAACGACGCUCCUCGUUUACUUUGGGAAACAAUGAGGGAGGAGGAGGAGGUGGAGCGGGACGAAGUGGAGGGGCAGCAUUCGAUGAUGCAGUGGAUGGUCUGGAGGAUGAUGAAGACUGGCACUUUGCCCUGCCAAUGGGCAGCUUGGAGGAUGUUCCUAUGGGUAAGGCAAACCGGGCGCAACCAGGAGUGGGGAACAAUGCAACUCAAGACGAUCCCUUUGCUAAUCAGCCCAGAGAGGAGGAGGAAGAAGAGCAAGACAGGGAAGGGAGCAGUGGGUCUGCUAACACUUCUCACUCCUCCCAGGACCGCUCACCUGACAACAGCCAAGAAAGUUGCAUGAACACGGAGGAGAGCGAACUUCACACAGAACAAGUUAAGUCCGAACUGGAGAAGGACUCUGACCAGCUAAGGCGAAACGAGGAUCUCGUACCUAGAAGAGGGGCCACGUCUGUCGCUUGGAUGUGGUUUGGCUAUGAAAAGUCUGACACGGACCAGAAAACCGCACUUUGCAAAAUAUGCUGCAGACCUGUACCCACAACAAACUCAAACACCAGUAACCUCUUUUACCACCUACGCAAGAAUCACGUCAAACAGUACGACGAGUGUCAACGGAUAAGAGCCAGUAAAGUACAGUCGAAGGCCCAAAACUAUCCCCACACUCUGACGUCACAAGAGGAAUCCGCCAGCGCCACACCAGAUGACAAAGAAACACGAAAAUGGAAGGAGACUGACGAGGCAACUAGCAGCCCCAAAGACAGUCCUGAAGGCGUUCCCAGCCAGGCCGAGGAGACAGAAGAUAGUCAGCCGGGAGAGAGGUCAGAAGCUGCUCCAUUGGAGGACAGUAAUCCCCAGAUGUCUCCUCCUAUCAAUAUUAAAGAUGAGCCCAUUGAUGAGGGCUAUGACGCCGCUUUACUGCCUCAGAGCUCCAUCAGACAGAUCAAAGAGGAGCUGGAACAUCAGGAGGAAGAGCUGAGGAUCAGCUCGGUCUACUCUGUAGGUGGAGGGACCAACUUUGCAUCUCCUACCAUGCCAGCAGCGGUCCCAGCCCCAACUACGACAGCCUUUUUUAUCCCAGGUCGAGGUGCUGUCCUACAAGCCAUACCUCCGUUCCCAAUCAGACCACCAGCUCCAAUCGCAACUUCACUACCAUCUCAGGCACCAGCACCACGGCCACCUCAGCCCUCUGUUCCUGGUAGUGUUCGCUGCAGUGGCUGCUCUAAGGUUCUGCUGAAAGGCCAAACAGCAUUCCAAAGAAAAGGUUCGACACAGCUCUUCUGCUCCACAGUCUGUCUGACUGGCCAUCUGCCUCCAUCCAACAAGGUCCGGACCUGUUUCCAGUGCAACAGGGAGAUUCUUCAGCCCAGGGACAUGAUCACAAUUCCAUCAGACGACAACGCCUACUGGCACUUUUGCGGCGCGUUCUGUCUGUCUGUCUUUAGACACAAGAAGGACAAGAAAGGCACUGACAAGAUUCCUGAUAAAUGGGCUGAGAAACGUCCGGAGAGGAAGCCAGAGAAGCCGCUUGAGAAACCGGCAGAGCGACUGCCUGAAAAACCCUUUUGCAGUGUCUGCAAAGUUGCUAAUAGGCAGAUCGAGCAUGAGGUCACGCAUCAAGGUCGCCUGCACAGACUCUGUAGCGAUGCUUGUUUUGUGACAUGGCGCAAGAUGCGGCAGUUAGCCAUGAACUGCUGCGAAGGCUGCGGACUUUACUGUAACAGCAGCUCAGGCUCCUGUCAGACGCUCACAAUUGAAAGAUCUCAGCUCAACUUCUGUGGUCCUACCUGUAUUGGCACCUACAAACAGACGUGCAGAAAGAUGGUUGAAUGUGCCUACUGUCACAAGAUGGCGAUAGUGUCCUCCACCAUCAUGGAACGAGACCAGAAGGGCAAAGUUCAGCUUUACUGUUCGUCUGCUUGUGUGGAACAGAGUCGACCACCCCGACACAUUCUCACUGGUGCUGCAUUCCCCUGCUGCCUGUGCAAGGUGUCGGCUGUUCCUCAGUAUCAUCUGGCCAUGGUGGAUGGCACCAUUCGUAACUUCUGCUCCUAUGACUGUGUUACCGUAUACAGGAAGUCCGGCCACACGUCUCAGCCAGACCUGAUCAAUGGAACCUCCUCUCUCAGGGACCUCUCUUACAGAGAUGCCCCCAAACCGGGGCCUUCAGCCGGAGCCAGCUCAGUCCCUCCCAUCCCUCAGGAUUACCCAUCUUCAGUCCCCUACCAGGGCCACCAUCCCAGUCAUACCUCAGUGCCCCCACUGGUGCCUCCAUACCCUGCCAUGUCUUCCCCCACUGUCCCAGGACAAGCCCAGACUAGAGCACCUGCUGGCCAGGCCCUGAAACCAGAGGGUGGGCUCAGUGACACCUCCAAGCUGACCUGCCAUCAGUGCAGCAAACAGUUCAGCUUUAAGCCGUUGCUGUUCAGUCACCAAGGUCGUAUUUCUAUGUUCUGCAGUAAGACGUGCUGUGAGCAGUAUAAAACCCAGAAGAAUAUCCUGGUGAUGUGUGAGUGCUGUAAACAGGAGAAAGUGCUGUUUGACACCGUCAGCUACAACCAACAGGACCUGUUCUUCUGCAGUGAAAGCUGUAAGCUUCUCUUCAAACAUGACCUGACUUCUUGUAACAAGGAUCAUCCCUGGCGUCCCUGCACCUACUGCUCCGGCAUCGGCCAGAAGAUGCUUCACAGCCACUACGGAGGCAGGAUGGAGGAGUUCUGUAGACCCCACUGCAUGUCCCAGUACACUGUACUCUUCUAUGGGAUGGGGAGAUGUGACAGUUGUAGGAAACAGAGCUACAUGAGUGAGAAGCUACAGUGUUUGGGUUCAGUGCGUAAUUUCUGCAACCUGCCCUGCCUGCUGCAGUACUGCUACCUGCAUUUUGAGACGAGCCAACACGUCAGCAGUAACGGUACUGGAAUGGCUCCGCAAACACCUUAUGCUCCAACGCAGCCCCACCACUCCUCAAAGAUGAAUCCGGUCAUAGCUGAUGUGGUGUCACUGGCCAACGGCUCUGCAUCUCAGCCCAGUGUGUCAGCGGAUACUGCUCUGACUGGAGCACUUCCAACCUCCAACGUUGAUGGCAAGAACCUAGACCAUGCUAGUACUCAGACUGACGCCAUGCGAGUGCCGGUGCCCCGCCGACGUCAAAUGAAGAACAAGUCAGUUCUGUGUCGGCCCUUCACUAUGGACCAAGGGAACUUGUGCCAGCUGUCUGGACCUUCCACUGGAUCAGCAGCUCUGUCUGUGCCCUCAGUUAGCUCCUCAGCAGGAGAGGAGAAAGUGAAGGUGUUAAUGGUGCCAGUCCCAGUACCGGUCUUCAUUCCAGUGCCUAUGAACAUGUACUCUCAGCACACACCUGUUCCAAUGGCUAUGCCUCUGCCCGUUCCAGUACCCAUGGUCGUACCACCAGAGAAGAAGGAGAUGAAAGAUGCAGCUGUCCAAUCAGAGCCUUUGGCUGUGAGGGAAGACGAACAGAAAGAUGAGCCUGUUUCCACCGCAGACAAGAGCAGUCCUUGUAGAGGAGACAUGAAGCCAGACGUGGUCACUCCUAUAAUCCGUGAAGAUGAGGAGACUCAAAAAGCAGUACAAGUCGACCUGCCGCUGCCUGUGAGUUCAGAGAGGAGCACAGAGUCAACUGAUACUCAACCUGAAACCCAGGCGGAGGGCACCGCGGCCACAAGCGACCCCCCACCCACCACCAGCGCAGAGGAUCAACCUCCCUCCUCUCCAAUGAUGGACUUGGAGACUGACUUCCCGCCAGAAUCGUUGGAUCAGAAGUCGUCUCCUCCACAGCGAGGAGUGAAGAGACCCAGAGAAGGUUUCUCUGGUCGUAAACGGGGUCGAAGACGAACUGCUCUGUUGGACCGCAGUGCAGUCGUGACUCAGACCGCCUCCAAACUGAACCACCUGUACGGGGUUAAAGCCUGGAGGAGCUGGGUCCAACAACGAAACAAACAACUGAGAGAACCUAAUCCGGUGGAUAUUAAAGAAGACGUCCUUCAGUGUGACUCAGCUGAGCUGAGCUUUGCUCUGUCUCGCUUCAUCAAAGAAGUGAGACGGCCCAAUGGGGAGACCUACAGCCCAGACAGCAUCUUCUACCUCUGUCUGGGGAUACAGCAGUAUCUGUUCACGAAGGGCCGCAUAGAGAACAUCUUUACUGACGAGAUGUACAGUCAGUUUGCCACCGAGAUCACUGGAAUGCUGCAGCUCUGGAAACCCAAACUACUACCCAGUGGUGGCGUUGUUUCCUCCCGUGUUGUGGAGUCCUACCUGUGGGAGUGUAAGCAGCUGGGCGCCUACUCACCUAUAGUGUUGCUCAACACGCUGCUCUUCUUCUGCACCAAGAACUUCCGCUUUACCACGCUGGCACAGCACCAAAGCCUCUCCUUUAGCAACUUCACCCGAUGCUCCAAACCGUGCAGCCGAACCGACAAAGUCCACUACCUCCGAUACGAGAGAAGAAGCGCUGCCGCACCACGCCGAGAGGAGACAGGUGGGCGCUGUACAAUGAUACAUGAGCGAUUGAGAAAAAGGCAUGCAGAAGCAGAGGAAGAGGGAGACCUGGAGAUGCCUGCAAAUAUCACCAACCCUCUGCACUGUCCCGUCAGACUCUACGAGUUCUACCUCUCCAGAUGCCCGGAGUCGGUGAAGAAGAAAACUGACAUGUUUUACCUCCAGCCUGAGCAGAAUGUGCACACAUACAGUUCCCACUGGUUCACUACUGAUCCAUUGGAGGGCGCCACUUUACAGAGCAUGCUCACUCGUAUCUUGGCCGUCAGAGAGGUUCACCAGGAGCGGGAAGCAGCCCGUCAGUCCUCAGCCACCGCUGACGAUGACAGUUUACAGUGAUAUGGAGCUCUGCUUAUUCGCAUCCCACUUACAGAAACCUUCUCUCAUGUCGAACAGUUCGCAGUGAAUUAAAGCUGUACGUUCAUCCAUCAGUCGUUCAGGCUGAGACUGAGAGACAGAACAAACAGAGACACAAUGAAAGGACAGAAACUAAUUGAAAGAAUAAUCGUGUUUUGUUACCUCAGUGGCCAUCCCCUCCCUGCAUAAUUACAUAACGAGUUAUACCCAUCAUUUAUCACAUGUGGCAGGUUUAUUUACUACCAGUAAUGGUCCAUGCUGAGCCUGUCCGCUGUUCUGAGUUC